CUGACGAAAUAUAAAACAUUUACAACCAUGGCAACAUACUUUAACCAAAACCAAUCAAACAUCCUUUCUUCACAAAAAGCCCAUAUAUUCAAAGAUUUAUUCAAGAAAAACCAGUUCAAUGAUAUUCCUCACUGGUAUUCCUUAGAAACAGGAAUAUACAGCAGCAAACACACACCAAGAACCCUACCUUCCGACCCUUUUGUUGAUGUUGUAUCCCAUAUAUUUUCCCAAAAACACAAUGGGAAAACAUCCUUCAUAGAUUCUUCAACAGGGUUCUCCCUUUCAUACUCAGAACUACAACCAUUAGUUAAAUCCAUGGCCUGUGGGCUCCACCACCAAAUGGGUAUUUCAAAAGGUGAUGUUGUUUUGAUGCUUUUACCAAAUUCAAUACACUUCCAUAUUGUUUUCUUGGGUAUUUUGUAUCUUGGUGCUGUAGUGACCACCAUGAAUCCUCUUUGUACUGUCUCAGAAAUUAAAAAACAAACUAGUCAAUGCAAUGUGAAACUUUGUUUCACUUUGUCUACUAGACUUCAAGACUUGAGUGCAUUAGGGAUCACUUCCAUUGGGGUACCCGAAAACGCAAACUACGAUCCAAACUCGACUGCUUUCUCAUGUUUUCACCAGCUUAUUUCGCGUCAUAAAAAUAAUUCCCUGCCCCCUCGAACGAUUAGCCAGGAUGACCCUGCCGCUAUUCUAUUUUCUUCUGGCACUACUGGUGCUAGUAAAGGUGUAGUCUUGACUCACAAAAACUUGAUUGCGGGGGUUGAGUUAUUUGUUCGAUUUGAAGCUUCACAGUAUGGCGAUAAUAACGAAGGAAACACUUAUUUGGCUGUUAUACCCAUGUUCCAUAUAUAUGGUCUUACACUAUUUACUUUAGGAAUCUUGUCACUAGGCUCAACCAUUGUAGUGAUGAACAAAUUUGACCAUAAUGAGAUGGUACGAGCUAUCAGCAAAUAUGGUGUCACACAUUUCCCAGCAGUACCUCCAUUGCUUAAAGCAUUGAUCAAAGUAGGAAAGAGUGUUCAUCGUGGUCACUUGAAGAGCUUAAAACAGGUGUCAAGUGGAGCAGCACCUUUGAGCACACAAUGCAUGGAGGAAUUUGUACAAACAUUUCCUCAUAUCGAUUUCAUUCAGGGUUACGGCUUGAGUGAAUCAACUGCGGUGGGAACACGAGGAUUCAACACAAAACAGAUAAGAAAUUACACAUCAGUCGGGUUAUUGGCUCCUAACAUGCAAGCCAAAGUUGUAGAUCAUGUUACUGGUUUGUAUUCACCUCCAGGGAAAACCGGAGAACUUUGGUUACGAGGGGCUGGCAUUAUGAAAGAAUAUCUGAAAAAUGUGGAGGCAUCUUGUUCAACAAUUGAUAAGGAUGGAUGGCUGCAUACCGGAGAUAUCGUCUAUUUUGACCAUCAAGGGUAUUUGUAUAUUGUUGACCGGCUCAAAGAUGUUAUUAAAUACAAAGGUUUUCAGAUUGCACCAGCUGAUUUGGAGGAUGUCUUGAUUUCUCAUCCAGAUAUAGAAGAUGCUGUAGUUAUAGGGAAACUAGAUGAGGAAGCUGGAGAAAUUCCCAUGGCUUUCGUCGUGAGGAAACCUAAAGCCAAAAUUUCCGAUUAUGAUGUCAUUAACUUUGUUGCUAAACAGGUUGCACCAUACAAGAAAGUUCAAAUGGUGGAAUUUAUAAACGCAAUACCAAAAUCUGCAGCAGGAAAGAUAUUGCGACGAGAACUAAAGUACACACUGACGUCAAGACUUUAAAGUUUUGUGGUGGCAGAUAAAAUGCUUAAUGUUCCGUGGCAUUGAAUAACCACUUUAUUUUUAUAUCUUUGUUCUUUGAACCCUUGGAACAUAUUGUAAACAUAUGCUAAUAAUAAUUCAAUCAAAUUGGA